AUGGCGUAUAUCUCGGUACCCGAAAGUCCGAAGAGACUAGCAUGGUCUGGCGACGAAGAUAUAUUCGUCCUCUGGGAUCCUGAACGGCAGACAUUCAAUUUGAGCUGCCCAAAACCAACAGACAGCAAUGGCCCUCGAAGCCUUCCUAUUGGAGAGCGCAUUCGUCUAUGUCACAGGUCACAGGCUCUUUCAAAUCGCGCCGGCAGAGAGGUGGAUCCUAGCGGGAUACAUCCAAACCUCGUCAAGCACUGGAUUGAACUCUGCAAUAGGGACCACCAGAAUACGUGCCCUUCUUCAAAUCCAAGACUAAGUGCUCUACGGUCAUCGCCUGAACAGCUUCACCUGAUUGACGUCCGUAACAAGUGCAUAGUCCAGCGUCCGUGGAAUGAGGACUAUGUGGCUCUGAGCUAUGUGUGGGGUAAGACGACACAGCUGAGUCUCAACCAAAGCAACUAUGACUUUCUUACAUCUCCAUUUGCGCUCGCGAGCUAUAGAAAUCAGGUCUCUAAGACGAUUUGGGACGCCAUGCAUUUUGUUGGAACUAUCGGGCAGAGGUACCUGUGGGCAGAUUCUCUGUGUCUUGUGCAAGAUAGCCCUGAAGACUUCAGUCGCGGCAUUCAACUCAUGGGACUGAUAUAUGAAGGUGCCCUACUAACUAUUAUUGCCGCAAACGGGUCUAGUGCAGAUGCCGGUCUGCCCCGAAUUCAUUGGGACCCGAAUAGAAACCUUUCACCUCAGCGCUCCGAGGAGAUCAUGCCUGGGCUACGGUUCGCUAUUGUCCGUGCCGUUGAUUGCUACCUCCGAGCGUCGGUUUGGGCGUCACGAGGAUGGACAUAUCAAGAGGAGAUUUUUUCCCAUCGUUCAAUCAUUUUUGUCAAUGACCAGGUUUACUACCGCUGCAGACAACGUAUCUGGGCCGAGGACACAUGGGCUGACCUUAAGCCAACCGAGCAAGACUUGGAUGAAUGGAGCGUAAGCUGGGUUGCUCUCAUCCAGGACGUUGCUUUUCACCAAGUCGUCCAUCCUCUCGACCAGCUUUUCGACCUCAUCGAAGGCUUCCAAUUGCGCAGUCUCACCAGGGAUAGCGACGCAAUUCAUGCAGUAUCUGGAAUCCUUCAGCCCCUGUCCAAGCGAAUGAGAACACCCCUUCUGGAAGGUCUUCCAGGCUGUGCCUUCGACCUCGCUUUGCUAUUCUCCCAUCUUCACCCAAUCGGUCAGCAUAGCCCUGGCCGCCGAAGGUGCGAGUUUCCAUCAUGGUCGUGGGCCGGUUGGGUUGGUAAUACUCAUUGGAACGCUUUCCACGAGCUGUACAAUUCGCAUGACGUGGCAGGAAUCAACGACUGGCUCGAUAAUCGCACCUGGAUAGUCUGGUACAAGACUCAGCAAGGGCAACUUGUCAAGAUCGUGCGAUACGCCGAACCCGUGGCCUCGUGGGAACGAGUGACUCGAGAUAUCAUGUACGAGAGACGAUCUCCACUUCCUACUUCAGGUCGCUUUCCCAAAUUGAGAACGUCGCGAACGGAGCCAUCCAACCUUUUUGUCAAGAACGUGUCAUACACAUUGUUGGCAUUCUACACCGUCUCCAUAAUCCUGACCACCUCGUCUUACAUUCCGGGAACCUUCCUCGAGGCUCGAAAUCUGCACCUUGACGCUUUAUUCGACAACGAAAAUGGCUUCUGCGGUUUUCUCUCGCCUGAUGUUCGCCACUCGGCGAUAGAGCACACGCGUGUGGAACUCAUCAUACUGUCGGAAUGCCAGACGAGCAGCUUCCCUCCGUUGGAUCGAAAGGGAAUGGAGGAUCGCAUCCAUCCAAUCUGGUCCAAGCCCUACCAGGCGAGCGAUUCUACGGAGUGGCAACUUUACUGGGUUUUGGCGAUUGCGUGGAGCGGCGACUGCUAUGAAAGAAGAGGGCUCGGCCAAAUUCUCCAGAGUGCUGUGGACAAGUCGCUGAAGCCGGGCCCGCAGUGGAAAGAGAUUGUCCUUGGUUAA